AUGGGGCCUCCUAGGCCCGCCAACGGCUGUUGGACAUGCAAGAAACGCAAGAUUGGCUGUGACCGAGGCCUGCCUUCCUGUGAUAAUUGCCGCCGCAGCGAGAGAGAUUGUCUAGGUUAUGGAGUCCGCCUCUCCUGGCCUGAAUCCCUGGAUGGGAGGCGUCGAAAAAUGACCCCAAGAGCCAUGGCUUCUACGCUACUCCGCCCCGUCCGCCAUGACAAGAACGUCAUAACCUCAAUGAUCUCGACCACGCGAGGCCAAAACGGCUUUUGCACCGAGAUACUCCCCAUGGCACUCAACAGCCGGUCAGCAACCUCCGAGUCGUUGUGUUACGCCUUGCUUUCCAUAUCGGCAUUUCACCAAUUCGGCCGCGAUGCCGCGUUUCCUUAUAAGCUCAAGGCCUUGAAAUACCUGUCGAAGUGUUUGACAGUGAGGAAGGAAAUUGCGUGGUUCAUCUACUAUGAUGUCCUUGCCGAGUUCACCCAGUCAAUCAAGCCUCAUUGGCAUGAGGAGGCUACACACUCCGUGAUGCAGAGUUUCGAGAUGGACACUUCUGUUAUUGUAGGGUCUCUUGGCUGCUCAAUAGAGCUCUUUGGCAUUAUCCGCGAGAUCAACCAGUUACGGGACCGCUAUAUGGGGCGAGGCGGAGGUACGGCUGACCAGGAAAUGACGCGAUCUCGGACUAGCCUUGAGUCAAAACUCCUCGGCUUAAUCCAGCGAGUGGGCCCCGAAGAAGACGGCUACGCGGUAUCGGCUAGGUGGAGUCGCGUUAUCACGACGGCUGAGUUGUACCGGCUUGCGGCGUGCCUUUAUCUCCAGCGAGCCUGCCCUACACAAUCGGACGACGGCCGUCGACAACACUACCUAGUGGAAGCCUUCAGGGCUCUGCAUCUACUCCAGACAGCCACCAGUCCUUGGCCGGUAUUCGUUAUUGCAUGUGAGGUGCAGUCCGAGGAGCAGCGAAUCGUGCUUCUCAACAUGCUCGAUAAGAUGGAGAGCGUACGGAAUAUUGGAAAUAUUCGAGUGAUGAGGGGUAUCAUUGAAAUGUAUUGGAAACAGAUGGAUCUGCGAGGGAGUCGAGAUUCCCAGUUGGGCUGGUGGAAUAUGGUGCAGUCCCCUACCCCAGUGCCUUGGUUUGUGUAG